AUUUCGUUAACAGAACCAGUUACAUCAAUCUAUAUUGUAUACGAAGCUUCUCUUUCUCAUCUCUAAAUUAUGUUUUAUAAGAAUAUUUUUUUCUUGCUCUGCAUUGUGUGGAUUAGUAAUGGAGAGAAUAUAUGCGAGGAACGCGUUGAAGAUAUAUGUAAAAUACCUGAACAAGGUUACUCAAUGAAAUUUCCAGAAUCACCUAAGGAGAUGGAAAAACUUUGCUUAGAUGCCAUACCUUUCGGAGAAUGUGUUGCAAAUUAUCAAGAACAAUGUUCAUCACGCAGUGUCAUGCCAUUGCAAUUGGUUCAGUCUCUAUUGAAAGCUGGGAAGACCUUUUGCGAAAAGAAUUCUGCUUGGUACAGAGGAGCUCCGAAAUUCGGCAACUGCUACGAAAGUUUGAAAAGGAAUUUACCGUUCGAUUUCUUUAGAAACUGCGCAAGUGAAAUAGAAAAGGACUCUAAACUGGCUUAUUUAAAUGAUACUAAAAUUCAUACAUCACUGCAUAGCUGCUACUAUAGCAUAGAAAGUGCAAGUUGCUUAGCUGAAAAAGUGUCCAAGGACUGUGGAGAACUAGCUAAAGAAUUAGGUCUGCAUUUUAUUAGGGAAGCUGGACCGUGGAACUUUAUUUGUCAAGAUCAUCAAAGUAAAGCUUUGAAGUUGAUGAAAGAUUUGAACUUCACAUUUGAUCCAAAAACUUCAGAAGAAGAAUUUGGCGCCUCAUUGCAAAGUUAAAUCUUAAGAUGCUUUUAAUAAAUUUACUAGUUUCCUUUAAGCUGAGGCCAGUGUUGUUUCGAAAAAUACAAUAAAUAAUGUUUUUAAAAAUGUU